UAAAGCAGAGGAAUAUACAAAAAGUGAUUCGCUAUGUGAGGUUUAACAAAAACCAAGAUCCAGAAAAUUAUUAUAGAGAACAGUUAAUGUUGUUUUUACCAUGGCGAAAAGAAAUCGAUGAUUUGUUAGGAAGUCAUUCAAGUUAUGAAAGCAGAUUUAUUCAAAACAAAGACAUCAUCUUUAACAACAGGGAAGCUUAUGCUCUUGACAAAGGUGUUGCUGAUAUUGUGGAAGACAAUGAAAUGGUUUUAUUAAAUGACAAUGCCAAUGUUAUUUCAGCACUUCAGCAUUCUGAAGAGAUUGAUUUGAAUAUUGAAGAUCAGAUGUGUUUGGACCAUGGUUGCUUUAAUCCAGAGACAGCAGGAGUUUCCUAUGACUUGGGAUUAGAUUUGGGUAUUACAAGAAAGCAAGUUGAAAUAAAUGACUUGGUUUUCAACACAAUGAAUGAUGAAGAGUACAGGAAACUUACUUGUGAACUUAAUGUAAAACAGAAACAGUUCUUUUAUCACAUUUUACAUAGUGUGAAGACUGAUCAACUUCCAUUGUAUUGUUUUCUAUCAGGAGGAGCUGGGGUAGGAAAGAGUGUUUUAACAACUUGCCUUUACCAAAGUAUUGUCAGAUACUUUUCCAAGAAACUAGCAGAUAGACCCGAUGAAAUAAAAGCUGUUUUGUGUGCCCCAACAGGUAAAGCUGCAUUUAAUAUCCAUGGCCAGACAAUUCACUCAUUGUUUUGCAUCCCUGCAAACCAAAAUCUGAAGUAUACACCCUUAGAUGUACAGCAGUUGGACAACAUGAGAGUUAAAUUCCGUAGUUUGAAAGUACUAUUUAUAGAUGAGAUAUCAAUGGUUGGAAACAAAAUGUUCAACUUCAUCAAUAUGCGCCUUCAAGAAAUUUUUUCAAAUAAUCAGCCUUUUGGUGGAAUUAGCAUAUUAGCUAUUGGUGAUCUUUAUCAAUUAAAACCUGUAUUUGAUGGUUGGAUCUUUGAAGAUUUGGUUGAAGGCUAUGGUCCAGUUGCACAAAAUUUGUGGUGUGACUUGUUCAAAAUGUUUGAAUUAACAGAAAAAAUGCGUCAAAAAGGGGAUCGAGAUUUUGCUGAAAUCUUAAAUAGACUGCGUGAAGGUGUCCAAACAGAUAAUGACAUGAGUGUUUUGAAAAAAAGACAAAAAGGCUUGAUAAAUAAGCAGACAGUUGACUAUGGUACCAUACCUCAUUUAUUUACUACAAAUGCAGAAGUCAACAGCCACAAUAUGGAAGCUUAUAGUAAUGCUUCUUCUGAAAAUAAGUGUCAUAUAUCUGCAAUAGAUUAUGUCACAGGGGAUGUUUCAAAUGAUGUAAAACAGAAAAUUUUGACUCAAGUCUCAGAUGAUCCUAACAAAACAAUGGGUCUAGUAAAAGAUCUCUACCUUGUUCUUGACCUACCUGCUGAAGUCUGUUUGAAUAUAGAUGUAGUUGAUGGGCUUACUAAUGGAUCACCAUGUUUAGUGAAAAAUUUUGAUUUCCGAGUGACAAACUCUAUGAGAUGCAGUAUCAUAUGGGUUAAGUUUGAAAACGAAAGUGUUGGUGCUGCAAACAGAUCAAAAUACUCUCAGUAUUACACUGACUCUAUUUCGAAAACUUGGACUCCUAUAUUUGAAGUUUCAAAAAAAAUUUCAGUGGGAAGGUACAAAGCCUGUCAUGUAACAAGGCGUCAGUUUCCAUUACGACUUGCUUGUGCAAAAACAAUUCACAAAUCUCAAGGUUCCACUAUGAAACACGCAGUGAUAGAUUUAGGGAAAAGGAAACAGGAGCAUAUGCAUUACGUUGCCAUGAGUAGAGUGCGUUGUCUAUCUGAUUUGCAUAUCCUAAAAUUAAAUGAAGACAAGAUAUCAGUCUCCCCAAAAGUUGUUGUUGAAAUGGCAAGACUUCGUGAGCAAGCUUCAUUGUCCUUGUGUUUACCAAAUCUAUUGCAAAUCAACUCUGACAUGAAAAUAAUUUACCACAAUACGAGGUCUCUUCACAAACACUUUCAAGACUUGAAAAAUGAUAAAAAUAUCAUGUCUGCUGAUAUCAUUGCAGUUUCUGAAAGCAGGUUAAAGAUAACGGACAAAAAUGAUGAUUAUAAUCUGCCAGGAUUUCAAAUGUUUAGAUUGAUGGUUCUGAAAAUUUUGGUGUGAGGUCAUAUAAUGGCAUAGUCAUUUAUACCAGAGAAGAAUUCAUUGAUUUGACUCAUUGUGUUUUUGAUGGAAUUGCAACAGUUCUUGCAACUUUUCUACAUAGGGGUCAGAUGAUUCGUAUUUUCUUCUUGUACUGUCCUCCUCAAAAAUCAUCAAUUGCAUCUUUUACCAAAUAUCUUCAAACUAUACUUCAAGAUAUUGAUGCAAGUUCAGAGCCUGUAAUCAUUUUAGGUGACACAAAUAUUGAUUUCUUUGAUCAGAAGGUAUUGUCAUCUUCAUUGCACAAAUUCAAACUAAGGCAGAUUAUGCAUAGUAGUACAACUGAUUAUGACACAUGUUUGGAUCAUGUUUACACCAGCUGUAUGUCAGAUUCAGAUAUUUCAUGUGCAACUCUUGAAUCCUACUAUUCUGAUCAUAAACCAAUUGUUGUCUAUUUACCACAUUAUUAAUUUUUAAAGAGAAGUACAUGUACCAUAUUAAUUCUUCAUCUAUGGUACAUGAUUAAUUGCAAUUCCAAUCAAUUCAUAUACCUGACACUGCAUGAUUAUGUAUAAUGACCUUAUAUAUGAAUAUGAUUGAAAUAUUUUAUUUUAUAACACCUGUACAUUCUUUCAGAUGAAUGUCAAGAAACUGAUUAACAUUCAACGACAAGAGGAAACAGUGAGAGCCCAACAUCAUCCUUCAUUUCUGCUGAAGGGGAGAGUUGCUAAACUUAGGCACACAGCAAAAUUCAAACAGAACACAGAAAAAGACGGUCAGAUGCUAUAAAUGCAGUGUAGCAUUGUUGAGAGAUGCUUCUCAGUUCAUCACUGUUAGAGGGACUUACAUUGAACGUUUGGAAUCAGGGCAUCAAAAAUAUGCUCCCAGCAGGGACCUUCAUCUUGGUGACCUUAACACCAUUCUCAAGGAAAAUCCUACUGAAAAAGACAGUUGUCAGGGAUAUGAUGGCGGCAAGACGUCAUUAGUCUAUUGAAAUUGUUGUGCAACAAAUGGCAUAUACCAGGAUUAUACGCUUUCCAAGGACACGUUUACAGCAGCUAUAAAAGGAUUCUUUGAAAGUGAAUGUUCUACUAGUAUCAUGGGAAAAGUUCUCUUAAACAUUCCAUUAGUAUUGAUAUAAAGACAUGAAGUUCAAAUGUCUUCAUUAUUAGAGAACUGUGAUUUGACUGUACACCCUAGAUCAAUUGUAAAGGACACAUAAUACACUUAUUUGUACAUUAUUAUUAAAUAGCAACCUAUAACAAAACUUCUAGCAAUAUCCUUUGACUACUGCACUUUUAUUUCUUAACAUUUGUAUGUUCAUGUAUGGUCGAUCAUUGUUAAAUGUGUUUUGGUAUACAGUACAGUUAGUAAAUAAACUUUUUCUGAUUUUUGAACAUAUGUAAAACUUGAGAAUAUCGAAAGAAAAAAAUUGAAAAACAUAUGAAUCAUGACCCAUUUUACUACACAUUGUCCAGAUAUUUUGUACAUUUUUCUAUUAAGCUGAAUUCCCAAUGGCUGUUAAAAUUGCUUCUCAUGUGAGCAAUGUGACACACAAGCUACUUGAUUGUUUUAAGUUCUAUAAUCAAAUGAUUACAUAUGUAUCUUUGUUAUUUUGGUGAAACUAUAUUGUAAAGUAUGAAAAACUGCAUUUUCCAAAGUUCAGUUUCCUAAAUUCUUUGAUAUUUUUUCAUCAUUCCAUCCAAAUUACACUGAAUAUAUUUAACCUAUAUAAUACUCUGGCCCAAGAUAUUUAUGACACACAUUUGGACAAUUUUUAAUAAAAUAAACAUAUACGCAAAGAAAGUGAUCAAUAAAGGGCAAAUUUCCAAGAUAUCUUCAUUGACACAUUAUCGUUUUUCAACUUGCAUAUCAGUGUCAACUGGUUAUACAAAUAUAUUUUACAAAUAAAUAUCUUGAUGUUCAAUUUGCUUUUCCUGUUUUAUCUUUAAGGUAUUAUACACACUUAUCUUGGAAGUUACUGAAUAUUUCCACAUUGACCAUCUGUACCAUAUUAGUACAUAUAUUAUGUUCUUUAUGAUUUGUUUACUAUUCCUUCACAUUUUUCAUUUUAAACUGUAAUGCCUUCAUAAAAUCUCAAAUUUUUAAAGGGACUUGGACAUGAUUUGACUUAAAAUUUUCAAAUUUUAUUUUCCCAUUUAAAUAUUUAUACUGAUAAAUAUAGAAGUAACUGUUUAUAAUGCUAUGUCAAAAUUUGAAACUCAAAACUCAAAUUAUAAGCAAGAUACAGAGUUUAUAAUUCUUUGUUUUGUAAACAAAGCUCAAAUAUUGUCAUUUUUUUACAUAUUCGUUGUAUUGGUGUAAAUUUCAAUCAAAUGUAACUUUGUUUUGUUUAAAAUAGUAUUUAAGAAGAUAUUGAAUUGGUUUAAAUUGUUUUUUAAAUGUCAUUUUAUCUAAGAAAUGGUAAUUCUCUACAUUACAUUUUUUGUAAACAGCUAUAAGACUUGAGCUUGUAACUUGACUCUAACAUUUAAUAUUUUGGUCAAUCAUUUAAAAUGCACCAAUAAACCAUUUUAAACAUAAAAUAUAAAAAUAAAAUUUUUGAUCUCUAAUUGUGUCCAAGUCCCUGUAUCAUAAUUCUAUCCACAAUAAAAUAAAAUUAUUGAACCAAUAUAUAUCUGUUCUAUUGUAUCUUAAGGCAACCAAUAAGAGAGGAAUUUUUCUCAUUCAUUAAUAUGUUACCAUAACUACCCCAUAUCAAACUAAUUCUGAAGAAAGUAGUCAUAAUAACAUUGACAAUAUGCAAUGAUGCUUCCACCUAUCAGUACUUUCAGUACUUUGAUUUUUCUUGAGUUAUUGUCUUCAAUUUUUUAAAGACUUGAAAGUACAUGCAGUUCAAUUGUGGAGGAAAUAUUACAGCUGGUAUUUGACACCCCCAUAUUGAGGCGUAGAUCGAAUCGAAAUAAACAAUGAAAUCAAAUAGAAUUGUUUAAUUCGAAAAACAUUAAAAAUAAAUGUGAUGCAUAAAAU